UCAGAGGGAGGACCCGAGCUGGAAGCAGUCACAUGGGCACAGUUAGAGUUAAGUGUCACUUCUGUGCUGCAGAAGAAGGACGAUGGAGGGUCUGAGGGGUCUGCUGGUUCUGGUUCUGGUGCUGCUCUCUGUGCCGCGUUCAGACUGUGUGAGGUGUUUCACACGCUUCGACCUGAACACAGGUGAGUGUAAUGAGGAGAUCGGUGAGGUGGACGAAGACGACUGCUGUCAGAACCCAAACUAUGGUUACAUGGAAACAGACGGACAGUGUGAGUCCUGUGGUCUCCUCAAGUGGUCUUCUUGGUCGUCAUGGUCACUGUGCAACGUGCUGUGUGGGCAGGGAGUGAGGCAGAGAAGCAGGAAGUGUUUCGGUAUCGACCAGUCAGAGUGCGAGAAUGCUCCACUUUCUGAAAAACUGCAGACUGAACCCUGCAAUGGCGUCUGCUGCGACGAUAAGGGGUGGAGCUCGUGGCUCGGCUGGUCUCCAUGCUCAGUCACCUGUGGAGGCGUCGGAGUCAGGAAGCGAAAGCGAGAAUGCUCCAGUCCUCCUCAGUGUCGCAUGGCUUGCAGCGGUCCUUCAGAGGAAACAGAGAGAUGUGCAGCUGAAAACACCUGUCCAGUCCACGGUGGUUGGUCCAGCUGGUUUAGCUGGUCUCAUUGUUCUGCUACGUGCAUCGCUAAAUCAGAUGGCGAUGUCAUCGUUCCCUCCAGGGUGCGACAUCGCGCCUGCUCUAACCCCAUGCCGUCAGACAACACAUCGCCACCUGGCAACAGUUGCCCUGGAGACGCCUUACAGGUGCAGCACUGUAGCGAGCUUCCCAACUGUGCAGAGGACGGCAGCUGGGGCGCGUGGUCUCCAUUCAGGCCAUGCUCAGUCUCCUGUGGGGAGGGGCUGCAGCUGUCAGAAAGGAAAUGUGAUAGCCCCGCCCCUCGAUAUGGAGGCAAAGUCUGCGAAGGGCCGAGCACUCAGAGCAAGAUUUGUGAGAGUCCAUGUCCAGUUGACGGGUUCUGGUCUGGUUGGUCGAGUUGGGGCGAGUGUUCAGGUUCCUGCAUCCCACAAGGCAGAGCCAUUAGAAGGACUCGCCAGCGCGCCUGUUCUAACCCCGCCCCUUCAUCCAACCCACCUGGUCAAAAUUGUCAAGGUGACAGGCACCAGACAGAGAGCUGCAACCACCUGCCCUUCUGCCCAGUGAAUGGAAGUUGGGGGUCAUGGUCGCCCUUCAGUUCCUGUCCUGUUACCUGCGGGCUGGGACUUCAGGUAUCAGCCAGGAGAUGUGACAGCCCCUCCCCUCAACAUGGUGGUAGCCCAUGUCUGGGAGAAGCACGUCAAACAAAGAUCUGCUCAACCAGACGCCACUGUCCAGUGGACGGCGUGUGGUCCGAGUGGUCCGAGUGGAGUGACUGUAAGUACCCGGGCGGGCGAGACAUCCGCUGUAGGAAGACUUACGGCAGCCAUUCACGAGUGCGCGAGUGUCUCCAUCGGGCUCAUAACGGGUCCCUCUGCGAAGGUGAAAACCUGACUGAGAGACGAGUGUGCUACCACAUCAAAGGCUGCAACAUGAACGGCCGCUGGGAGGCCUGGACACCGUGGAGUCUCUGUGAUCCACCCUGUGGCGAAAACUCGGUCCGGUCCAGGAAGAGAAUCUGCAAACCUGAUUACACCGGCUACAACCUUUUCCCUCCUCGUUCGUCGGAGAAAGCUUCAUUUUAUGGGACACCAAAUGUCAACUGCGGCCCGUUGCCCGACGGCGAGCAGCAGGACCAGAGCGAGUCCUGCAUCAACAUCCCCGCCUGUGCCUAACCUCGUACAUUACCAACAGUCCAGACGUCUGACUGCAGGCGGAGCUUGUGCUGCUGUUAUUAGAAUGUCGUAGAUUACAUUUGACCUGUGAAGUCAAAACUUCAGCGGCGUGUUUGUAAUGAUGAUAGUUAUUGUAAUGGUUUCCAGCCUGGGGCCCAGGUGGCUGAUGGGAGCAAAGACGCACACAUCCAGCCACACAAAUCUAACUUUUGUUGUGAAAUGUUGGCUCAUUCUACCUGUGCUGAAAGUUUUGGUUCAUUAAAUGAUUUCAAGUCUA